AGGCUCGAAACCGCAAUUCAAGAAUGGACCCGAUGACGACAAAUGGCGCCCUCGACGCAUUCGCAACCGGUCCACAGACCCAAGCCGCCUUUGACGCGAGCCCGCAGCUUGGCGCUGUUGUCGACCAAAUGCGGUCGACGGGUCAACUGCGUCACGACUGGGCGCUCGUGCGCACGCUGCUUGUCUACAAGCUGCGAUCGGCGCUCGCGCAGUACAGUACAUUUUCGAUUCCAAAGGAGGUCGAGGAUCAGAAAGCCCUUGUCUUGACCAAGAUGGAGACCCAAGAGCGGGCGCCCUUCACGCUGCAGCGGCUCACGGAAGUGCUCCUAGCACCUCUGACGUACUAUAAACAACUCCACAAGUUCCUCAACGCUGUCGAAAAGCUCCUCUUUGUGAGCUCGACCGUCGAUCAGCUCACAGCAGACCCGCCGUCCGACUUCAAGGCCUGAGACGCAUUCGUCACGCUUGAAGAAGUAGACACAGUAGAUACCUACCCCCAAUGAACCGCUACAUGAGAGGUCGUCGGUUGCAUGAGUUUGUCGUGCAAUUUUAC